UUUUAUUUUUUGGGCUAAAAUCGUAACUUGCCAAACGAAGUACUUUGGGAAACCACCCCACUCUCUGAGUAGAGUGUUUCUUUAUUUUUUGGGUGGAGUAAAUGUAACAACAAAAAAAUCAAUCCUGUAAGGAUCAUUGUGAGAAAAAUAUAAUACAUAAUGGAGGUUGAGAUUGGGGAAGAAGGGAAACAAUGAGAUACUUCUAAGAAUCAAAUUAGACAAAUAAAUACAUAACUUUGAUGGUUAAAAGCGAAAAUUCACUAAUAUUUUAAGAAUUGUCAUUUUGCAGCAAACCUUCACACGCUUUAACAAUGACAAAUUCAAAUAUUAAACUCAAGGGAACUCAUAGGUUUCAUCUGAGACAGUUCAUUCAUUUUUCAUUCAUAUAUUUAUUUGUAUGUAUAUAUAAUGGGAGGACUCAUUAUAAGGUGUGCUUAGCAUUAAAUAUGGUUAUGACCAAGUCUCUGUUUCAUCUACUUGUUUGUUUUAUAUAGCUUUACAUAGAUACCAUGUGUUCUUUUGUUGAAUUCUUAAGCCUUCACACUUUUGUUUUAGUCAAUGGUGGUUUGUGGGUAUUGUAUAAAACUUGUUUUGAAGAAGAAGAACCCAGUCACCCAAAAUUGAAAUCUACAACACAUGGUCCCUUUUUAUCAGAAUAUCAGUUGAUUUGACGAGAUUGUUUUGUUUCUUGAGAAAAUGGGUCCAAGAUUUCAGGUCUGCCUUUUUGUGAUUUUCAUUCAAAUUUUGGUUGUAGCAGCAUCUACCAACUCUAUUGAUGUUGAUGCUCUGAACGCUCUCAAAUCUAAAUGGAAGAACACGCCACCGAACUGGGUUGGGUCAGACCCUUGUGGCAGCAGCUGGGAUGGAAUUUCUUGCAACAAUUCACGAGUGACCUCCAUGGUAUUAGCAGGCAUGGAUUUGACAGGUUCCCUUUCCAAUGACAUCCUAUCAUUAUCUGAAUUGCAAUAUCUGGAUCUAUCUAACAACAAGGGUCUGACAGGAACUCUUCCAUCAUCAAUCGGGAAUUUGAAUCAGCUUACAACCUUAAUCCUCAUUGGUUGCAGUUUCUCUGGUCCAAUUCCGGACUCAAUAGGAUCUCUGCAGCAGCUGGUCUUCUUAGCUCUGAAUGCGAACAGCUUCAGUGGACCAAUCCCGCCUUCCAUUGGUAAUUUGUCUAAUCUUUCAUGGCUAGAUUUAACCGACAACCAGCUUAAUGGAACAAUUCCAGUCUCUAGUAGGAGCACAACUGGAACUGGUCUGGAUAUGCUAGUUAAAGCAAGGCACUUUCAUCUGGGAAUGAAUCAGCUAUUCGGCAGCAUUCCAUCUCAACUUUUCCACUCAAACAUGAAUCUGAUACAUGCGAUUUUUGAUAACAACAAACUCACUGGAAGCAUCCCUGACACACUAGGAUAUGUGCAGACUUUGGAGGUCAUACGCUUCAAUUGGAAUUCAUUAAACGGGCCUGUUCCUUCAAACCUCAACAACCUUACAAGUGUCAGCGAGCUGUACUUGGCGAACAAUAAUUUGAAUGGACCUUUGCCCAAUCUCACAGGGAUGAACUUUCUCAACUCUCUGGACAUGAGCAACAAUAGUUUCAAUUCAUCGACUGUUCCUCCAUGGCUUACAAGCCUAGAGGCUUUGACAACAUUAAUGAUGGAACACACACAACUUCAAGGAAUAAUACCGGUCAAUCUCUUCAGCCUCCCUCAGUUGCAGACCGUGGUACUGAGUAACAACGAGCUUAACGGGACCUUGACUAUUGCUGCCAAUUAUAGCAGCCAACUGACACUCAUCGAUUUGCAAAACAAUUCCAUUUCUGGGUAUACGGCCGCAACAGGAUCCAGUAUGGAUUUAUUACUUGCGGACAAUCCAAUCUGUCAGGGAGCAGGAGCUACAGGAAGUUACUGCACAGCUCAAAAAACCAAUUCCUCAAACUUCACACCAUUGAAUAAUUGUACAUCCGUGACUUGCGGUUCAAACAAAGUACUAAGCUUGAACUGUAAAUGUGCAUAUCCAUACACGGGGACUCUACACUUCAUAUCUUUCUCAUUCUCAAAUUUGAAAAACUUGAGUUACUACUCAUCUCUCUCGGGGUCUCUGAUGUCUGCUUUUCUAUCCAAUCAACUUCCUGUGGAUUCAAUUACCGUGAGUGAUCCAUCCAUCGACAUAUAUUCCUACCUUCAAUUCAGAGUGCAAAUCUUUCCUUCUGGUCAAGAUCAGUUUAACCGAACAGCGGUGUCUUCGAUUGGAACCCUGCUCAACCGCCAACCUUUCCAGCUCAAUAAUUUCGGACCCUUCUUCUUUAUUGAUGAAAGUUAUUCCUUUGCAGGAACAACAAGCAAGUCAUCAAAGACGGGCAUUCUUGUUGGAGCUGUAAUUGGUAGUUUUGUGCUCGUAUUACUAUUCCUUGGAGUUGGAUUCUAUGCUUUCCAUCAAAAGAAAAGAGCUAAAAGAGCAGCUGAACAGAAUCCUUUUGCAUCUUGGGUCACCAAUAACGACAUUGAUGGAAUUCCUCAAUUAAAAGGGGCAAGAUCAUUUCCGUUUGAAGAACUUAAGAAAUGCACUGACUACUUUUUAGAAGACAACGUCAUUGGAUCUGGGGGCUACGGAAAGGUUUAUAAAGGAACUCUUGCCUCUGGACAAAUAGUUGCCAUCAAAAGAGCUCAACAAGGAUCAUUGCAGGGUGCUCUUGAAUUUAAAACUGAGAUUGAGCUUCUAUCGCGGAUUCAUCAUAAGAAUGUUGUCAACCUUGUUGGUUUCUGUUACGAGCAAGGUGAACAAAUGCUAGUCUACGAGUACGUUCCAAACGGUACUCUAAAGGAAAAUCUUUCAGGGAAGUCAAGAUUCCAAUUGGAUUGGACGAGGAGACUUAGCAUGGCGCUUGACUCAGCCAGAGGUCUAGCAUAUAUGCAUGAGCUUGCUAACCCUCCUAUCAUACACAGGGACAUUAAAUCAACUAACAUCUUGCUUGAUGAUCGUUUAACUGCAAAAGUUGCUGAUUUUGGUUUAUCCAAACUUAGCGAUAGUGAGAAAGGAUAUGUCACCACUCAAGUCAAAGGGACAUUGGGAUACAUGGAUCCUGAAUAUUACAUGACCCAACAGUUGACCGACAAGAGUGACGUUUAUAGCUUUGGAGUAGUACUAUUGGAGCUAGUAACUGCAAGAGCGCCAAUAGAGCGGGGAAAACACAUUGUGAGGGAGGUGAAGGAGGCAAUGGACAAGUCAAAAGAUCCAUAUAAGCUUCAUGAGAUACUUGACCCGGCUUUGGACACAACACUAACCGGCUUGGACAAGUAUGUGGAAUUGGCAAUGAGCUGUGUCAGAGAUUCAGGAACCGAGAGGCCUACAAUGGGCGAGGUGGUGAGAGAGAUCGAGAACAUCAUAAAAUUAGCUAGUUUGAACCAAAACACUAAAUCAACAACAACUUCAUCAAGUUAUGAGGGGAGCAUUCACAAUCCUUAUGGUAGUGAAGAUCUCUUCGAUCAUAGUGCUGGUUUUUUACCUUUGGACAUAGAGCGCCAAUAAGAGAAUUUUUUUUUUUGUUUUUUAUUUUUUUUAUAAUACUCACAAGACAGUGGACCCGCAUAAACAGUCUGGCUGAGUUGGAGAAUUUGUUUAAGUACAGUUACUUUUAGUUGAACAUAUUUGUGUAGAUCCUUUUGUGAUCUUUGUAUCAUGUUCCUUCUGUAAUAUAAUCAAAUUUUCUUUAGGUUAUGAAUGUUACAAAUCCGUGACAUGAA